AUGAGUAGUUCCACGCACAGGGCCAUCUUUGGUCGUUCUCGCUGGACACAUUUCUGAAACUAGUGUCUUUUUAACCUGAUACCAUUUUUUGAAGAAUCAACUCCGGUUUUUUUCUCGUAUUUGCUUAAUAAUAAAGCCUACCAACAACCAUGGAUGAAGAAUAUGAUGUUAUUGUGUUGGGUACUGGUCUUACGGAAUGUAUUCUCUCUGGGAUCAUGUCUGUGAAUGGCAAGAAAGUUCUUCACAUGGAUCGGAAUCCUUACUAUGGAGGGGAGAGCUCUUCAAUAACGCCCCUUGAAGAGCUGUACAAGCGGUUUGGAAUUCCUGACGGCCCUCCGGAAUCCAUGGGCAGAGGACGGGACUGGAAUGUUGACCUCAUCCCCAAAUUCCUCAUGGCAAACGGCCAGCUGGUGAAGAUGCUGCUGUACACGGAGGUGACCCGGUACCUCGACUUCAAGGUGGUGGAAGGAAGCUUCGUCUACAAGGGGGGGAAGAUCUACAAAGUGCCGUCCACAGAGACAGAGGCGCUGGCCUCCAAUUUGAUGGGAAUGUUUGAGAAACGCAGGUUCAGGAAGUUCCUGGUGUUUGUGGCCAAUUUUGACGAGAAUGACCCCAAGACUUAUGAGGGAGUGGACCCCAAGUUGACCACCAUGAGGGAUGUUUACAAGAAGUUUGACCUGGGUCAGGAUGUGAUUGAUUUCACUGGCCAUGCACUGGCGCUUUACAGGACAGAUGACUACCUGGACCAGCCUUGCCUGGAGACAAUUAACCGCAUCAAGCUGUAUAGCGAGUCCCUGGCACGCUAUGGCAAAAGCCCAUACCUGUACCCUCUGUAUGGGCUGGGGGAGCUGCCUCAGGGAUUUGCCAGAUUAAGUGCAAUUUACGGAGGGACAUACAUGCUGAACAAGCCUGUGGAGGAGAUCGUUACGGAGAACGGUCAUGUCAUCGGAGUCAAGUCAGAGGGAGAGGUGGCACGCUGCAAACAGCUUAUCUGCGACCCCAGCUACUUGCAGGAUCGUGUGCGGAAGGUAGGUCAGGUGAUCCGGGUGAUCUGUGUGCUGAGUCACCCCAUCAAGAACACCAAUGAGGCCAACUCCUGUCAGAUCAUCAUCCCGCAGAACCAGGUCAACCGCAAGUCAGAUAUCUAUGUAUGUAUGAUCUCGUAUGCUCACAACGUGGCGGCCCAGGGGAAGUACAUUGCCAUUGUCAGCACCACAGUGGAGACCAGCGAGCCAGAGAAAGAGAUUGAGCCAGCCCUGGAGCUACUGGAGCCCAUCGACCACAAGUUUGUGGCCAUCAGUGACCUGUACGAAUCCACAGACGAUGGCAGUGAGAGUCAGAUCUUCUCGUCUCGCUCCUACGAUGCCACCACUCAUUUCGAGACCACCUGCAACGACAUCAAAGACAUCUACAAGAGGAUGACAGGAAGUGACUUCGACUUCGAGAACAUGAAGCGCAAACAGAACGACGUCUUCGGGGAGGAUGCGCAAUAGAGAGGAGGCUACCCCCCCCCCCCCACGGUGAUGUCAUCUCAAACACACCGGUAGAGAGGGGGCUGCUCCCCACCCCCCCCCCCACCCCCCCCCCGUGAUGAGGUCAUCUCAAACACACCAGUAGAGGGGGGCUGCCCCCCAGCGGUGAUGUCAUUUCAAACACACCAGUAGAGAGGGGGCUGCCCCCCCACGGUGAUUUCAUCUCAAACACACCCCUGACUCCAUUCCACUCAUAAAGCUGGCACUUUCUUACCUGGACAGACACUUAUCUGCUGCAUUGUUUGCUCUUAGCAUUAGCCCUCCUUUAGAAACCUAACACCAAUCACCAACAACUACACAUACUCAGUCGUGCUGAAUAUAGAAACACUAAAAGAAACUUAAUACAAUCAGUGACAAACAUUUCAACAUGGAAAAAGACUUCUAGGAGAAACGUUUGCCAUUGAAUUUAUUGUCACUUCGUAUUUCUAAUCAAACAAUUAAAUAAUGUAGUGCCCUGCACUGAUUGUUUGUGUAGACACCCAAGAGCACAAGUCUGGGUGCAGGUCAAGCUUCAGCAUACGACCGUGUUGAAAACUGUUAAAAUAAAUAAAUAAAUAAAUACCAGCUAUGUCAUUACAUGUUAUAAUCUAUAUUAGCAAUUUCCUUUAAUAUACAGUUUAAAACAUUCAUUUACUAUUUUGGAUCAGGUUAAAAUCACCUUUCAGAAUUGCCUGCUGCAAAUUCAGCAUUGGCUAUUACUGAAGAACUAAAACAAUCACAUCCACCAAACCCAGAUUCAAAUUAAACACAUACAAGUCACUUCCCCAUUAAAAACUAUUAGCAACAACUACACUUAGAAUUGCACUAGAUUUCACACCCAUAAUGUCAAUGACAAAGCUCUGUAAUGUUUAAACCACAACACGGUAUAUAUGAACAGAUUAAAUACAUUAGUAUGGGUCUGUUUUUAUGUCUUUUAAAAGGGUUUGUGUAUGUGUACUCUCAACUUGAUUAUAGGCAUCCAUGUAUUAUUAUAACUUGUACAAUUUUCAGUACUGACCCACAGCAGUCAUUGGAAAGCAGCACCUCCAAACAGCCUCGCGAUAAAUACAUUCCAGGAAAAACCAGGACGGGUGUCAACUCUCCUUCUCUCUCCCAACUCUACGUCUCUCUCCCAACUCUCCUUCUCUCUCCCAACUCUACAUCUCUCUCCCAACUCUCCUCUCUCCCAACUCUACGUCUCUCUCCCAACUCUCCUUCUCUCCCAACUCUACAUCUCUCCCAACUCUACGUCUCUCUCCCAACUCUACGCCUCUCUCCCAACUCUACGUCUCUCUCCCAACUCUACAUCUCUCUCCCAACUCUCCUUCUCUCUCCCAACUCUACGCCUCUUUCCCAACUCUAAGCCUCUCUCCCAACUCUCCUCUCUCCCAAAUCUACGUCUCUCUCCCAACUCUCCUUCUCUCUCCCAACUCUACGUCUCUCUCCCAACUCUCCUUCUCUCCCAACUCUACAUCUCUUUCCCAACUCUACGUCUCUCUCCCAAAUCUCCUUCUCUCUCCCAACUCUACAUCUCUCUCCCAACUCUAUGUCUCUCUCCCAACUAUCCUUCUCUCUCCAACACUACGUCUCUCUCCCAACUCUACGUCUCUCUCCUAACUCUCCGUGUUUCAAUUCUGUUGACUCCCAUUUUUAAAGAACUGGGCUAGAGGUACACUAAAACAGAGCACACAUAACGCGUAAUUGCUUCAAUAUUCUAUUGUAAUAGAGAGCUACAGCUUUAUUUUUCCUCUUCACAUUGUUGUUAUUGUCAUUGUUAAGAAAAUUACUAUAAUUGUUAUUAUUACUAUUAUUUUCGUAAUUGUUUACAUUGUAGCUUGAAAUAGGGGUGUUAUUUCACAACAAAAAGACUUUAUUUAAUAUAAAUAUUUUUUAAGUGUAAAAGCCGUGUAGGGUAGGGCAAGGGAGGGAGCAGUGAAGUUGUUAGAGCUGAGGGCAAUUACAAAGUACUAUGGCCUUGUCAUGAGAGCUGGGGGACUGACCGAUGCAGCCUAGGGGUUAGAAUGAGGCACUGAGGGAGAGAAUCAGCCUAAAGGGUAUAGCGGGAUUGGGAGAGAGCAGGGUGUGUGGCCUAGUGGUUAGAGUUAAGGAACUGGGAGGGCGGGAGACAGUGUGGCUUAGUGGUUAGAGCUGAGUAAACAGUGUGGCUUAGUGGUUAGAGUUGAGGAACUGGGAGGGAGGGAGGGAGGAAGACGGUGUGGUCUAGUGGUUAGAGCUGAGUGAACAGUGACUUAGUGGUUAGAGAUGAGGAACUGGGAGGCAGGGAGGAAGACGGUGUGGUCUAGUGGUUACAGCUGAUUGACUUGGAAAAGCCUACAUAGUUGACUCAGUUUACUGUAAGAAAGAUUCAUUUACAUAUCAUAGUGGGUCAUGAUAAAACCUUACAAGAAUGAAGUAUACUGAAGUACAAUUACAAUAAAAAUGUCCUGAUUUCAUGACACCGCCACAGAAAUAAGUCCUGCAUAUACCAUAGUGGUUUGUUUGGACAUUGAUUAGAUAUGGUGAAUAAAACACUUCAGCCUGUGUAUCUUGAAAAAUAAAUACCAAUUAUGUCCAUUACAUGGCAGUGUCUACUACAAUAGCUUCAGCUCUGAGAUGAAAAGGGUUGGCCACUCUAGUUAAGACCAAUCCCUAACCCCUUGAUUAAAGACAUUAUAAUAUGAUUUAUUUUCUUGACCACUUUUUGUUGUGAAAGUCCAACACCAAUGCAAAACACAGAGGAUCGGAAGUUAAAAUCGGGUUCUUUAGCAACAACAACUACAGAUGGUACCAGUGCAAUAUUUUAGAAAAGAACUGUGCUGAUAAGAUUUUUACCAUUGGUGAAAUCACAAAUCAGCUCAUUCUGAAUGCAUGUUCUAGCUGUAAGUCAGUAUUAGAGCUGACAUCUGCUCUGAAGUAAGAGUGUAUCGUAUACCCACACAGAGAGGCAUGUACGCUUAUCUUAUUGGGUGGAGCUGUUUUCUGUGAAAAUGCAGUUUCAUAUAUUGGCCCAAGACUAAAAUGGCCAAGAUGAGACAUUCUAGUAAAGGCCUAAACCAGGGAUAGAAGCCAAUAUCAAAGCCUUGAGUGAUGGCUCUUGUGACUCUUUCACUCUUCACAAACCUAAUGACUGACAGGCUUGGCAGUCAGCAAGAGGCUUUGACCCUGAAGACACUGCAUGAAGACUGAGACUUUCUUUAACCUAGUCUAGGACCAGAUGUCUUGAAAAGAAAACCGAUUGUCACUAUAAAAUGUGUUUCUUUCAAGCAUAGAAACCUAUGAAGUGUAAAGAUUUAGGGAAUUAUUUUGUUUGCUACAACUACUAAGCAUAGUCUUUUCGCACAAUUAUACGCUACAGCACAGUUAGUAUAGAAGCCUCUCUGUUCUGGAAGAAUAUGGUUUCUUAGAAAACCUAAAUCUCAAACUGCUCAGCACAGAACAUGCAUUCCUGCAGAGCCCUCCUUUUAACUUCCCUCCCUCUUCCAAAGCCUUCCUGUGUAUCGCCGACAUGCAUUUCCUUGCGUUUGAGAUUUCCUAGUCAUUCCUCAAACACCUUUUGUGUCUCUUGUGUCAGCGGAAGCAACCCUGAACGUUGCUUCCUCCCACCUUGGUGUUGUCAUCUUUAUUUGUGUGCGUCUUACAAUUUCGUUGUCGCAAGUUUUGUUUGUAAAGAAAAAAAUAAAAAGCUGCUCUUUAAUGAAAACAAUGUUUAACUGUACCGAGAACCUAAGCUAAGAAAGCUCUUUUUUUUUUUAGUAACAGACUAAAUCUUUUUCAGCUCUGUAUUUGCCUUCUAUUUCGUAGUUGCUAGGAAACAUGGAACUCCCAGCAACCUUAGGGAUUCCUAUUACUGUACCUCCUAUGAUUCUUAGGACAUCAUAGAAGAACUAAAAAGGACAACGUUUUGAGAUUUUUUAACUAGUUAUUUUAUGGUGUAGUGUCCAUUUACAAAAUUACAACAGGUCUUGACUUUAAAGGGCAGCUUUGAUUUAUUUCUUUUUUUUAUGGCCUCUUACAAUUGUCUUAACUUAUUUGGACUUACAAGUAGCUUGCUUGUGGCAUCAUUUGAAUACUCGUAUGUGAACAUUACCUAAUGUAUUGUGGAAAAUAAUAAAAACAGACACACAACAAUUGUGGAAAUAGCAGUGACAAAAUGAUGUAUGUGUUAUUUAGAAUGGAAACACAACCAGAUAAUAACCUUUUCUGUGUGAAGUCAUCUUCACAAACAAAAUAUAAGAUUGCUCGGCAAAUGGUAGUAACUGGAAUGCUAUGUACGACAACAAUGGACACUGUGUCCCCCAAUUCCAGCCCCUGUCUGCUUAAUGACAUUAAAAGCCUUCUGUGGGGCAUUGCUUUAAUUAAGACACUGACUUGUGUAACAAAACACAUCAAAUAUUCUUCCAUAUCACAGGUCAAUAUUAUAUCUGCUAACUUUUGAAGCUGAUUAUCUAUUUCCAUAUAUUGAUUGAAAUCUCACUAACACCUAUAGUAAGAAAACCUGCAGAGUGUGCUUGGAUGAGUUUGAGAUGGGUACAGUGAAGUAAAAAACGCAAGGUUUGCUUUAGUGCUUUGUAUUAAUUCAAAGUUUAGAUUGAUUAUGAACCUUUAUGUUACAAAAAAUUCUGGAGAAUAAGCACAAAUUAAAAAAAAACACCACAUACACACCAUUCCAGCAGAUUGAACAGAACUCAGCACACACACCAUUCCAGAAGAUUGAACAGAACUCAGCACAUACACACCAUUCCAGAAGAUUGAACAGAACUCAGCACAUACACACCAUUCCAGAAGAUUGAACAGAACUCAGCACAUACACACCAUUCCAGAAGAUUGAACAGAACUCAGCACAUACACACCAUUCCAGAAGAUUGAACAGAACUCAGCACAUACACACCAUUCCAGAAGAUUGAACAGAACUCAGCACAUACACACCAUUCCAGAAGAAUGAUCAGAACUCAGCACAUACACACCAUUCCAGAAGAAUGAUCAGAACUCAGCACAUACACACCAUUCCAGAAGAAUGAUCAGAACUCAGCACAUACACACCAUUCCAGAAGAAUGAUCAGAACUGACUGUGCCUGCAAAGUACAAAAUGACCAUUUCACAUCACCAGGGAAAAGAAAUUCAUGCCAAACGUUUCGACUAAAAAUCUAAAAUAUCUCAAUGUUGAAAUUAGUUUUGGUGCGCUGGAUAAACAAGAAUGUCUACCAGAACUUAUUUCAACACUGAAACUGAGAAAGACUUUCAAAUGAAAUGUUUUAUGUAGUAUUUCUGAAUGUACCACUAUCGAACGUCAUAUUGUUAUGGAUUUAUUCUGAAUGUAUCCUGGAUCAGGCCUUGUGGACACAAUAUCUAGUCCAAUCAGAAUUUCUUGUUCAUAUGUAUUUUACCCAUACCGUUUCCAAUGGUUAUACCACCAUACUCAUAUAUACACCACUGCCAUCUACAGGACAUUUGUUACAUAACAGAUAGUGGUAUGUGAUCCACAUUAACAGCAGAUAUUACAAAGCAGUUUGAAGAGCUGCUACAGUAGUUUCCCCUGGUGGUAUAAUUCCAUAGAGUUCAGAGGUACAGUAUAGUGGUUCACACUUUAUUUCAAAUGAUUCUGAUUGUUAUUCACAGAGUUCAGCUGUCAAAUCAUGAAUGCUUCUUCCCCGAGAUGGGCCUGUAUGUCUGUGUUGCGCACCCUCUCCAAUUCUGAAUUACAAGUGAAAUAAAAGGGUAUCUGUCA